AUGAAUCAAACAGACCCAUCUGCCGGUAUUACUUGUCUUAUCAAGCCUACAAUUGUUAUAGUAGAUGCGACAAUACAUUCAAACAAAUCUCGUCGACGACAUAUUGAAUAUUUACCUUAUCCUGAUUGGAAUUUUCUUGAAGAAUCUCUUGAAAUUUGUUCAAAUGAAAAAUAUCCAUUGGAACAAGUCUAUUUGAAAUGUAACAAAGCAUUUGUCGAUAGAUUACCAAUUGAAGUAAUUAAAAUAACUGCAACAAGAGAUUAUAAUCCUGUUACAGAAUUUCUUUAUCCUUAUCGAUAUUUAAUAACAGUUCGUCAUGGCACUGAAUUUGAAUGGACAAUUAAUAAACGCUAUAAACAUUUUCAUGAUCUUCAUAAAGCUCUUGUUCAUUAUGUUGAAAACUUAAUGGAACGAUCGAUUAGUAGUUUAAAUAGAAAUCAUUUAUCAAGAAAAAAAUCAAUUAAUGAUGAAGAUUAUUCAUUAAUUAGAAAACAAGAAGAAGAACCACCAUGUUUUCCAAUUCGUAAUGAUCGAAUAGAUUUUAUAGAUCGAUUCUCAAUAGAAGAUCGAUGUAAAACAUUUGAAAAUUAUUUAAAUAAAAUUUUAAAACAUCCAAAAUUUCGUGAACAUAUCGCUGUGAGAGAAUUCUUUGAAGUGAGUCCAUUAUCAUUUGUACAUGGUUUAAGUAUUAGUUUCAAAGAAGGUGCUAUGGCUAAACGUUUAAAUGAUGAUUUUCAUCGUCGUUCAAUAUUUCUUCGAGCUCCAUUUAUGUGUGAUUGUUUUAAAACUCAUCGUGGACGAGAAUGGUUUGUUCUUAAAGAUUCAUAUCUUGCUUAUAUGAAUCUAGAUCUGCCUUCAAUUGAAUUUCCAAUUCUUUUUGAUUCGGCAUUUGAUAUUCAUCAUGGUUUUGAACAUACUGCAACUAAUAAUGGAAUUAGAAUUCAAAAUUUACAACGUUCAUUGAUUCUUAAAUUUGAUAAAGAAGAUGAAAGAGAUGAUUGGUUUAAUUCUUUAAUGGAAGUUAAAAAUAAAUGUCUUCUUGUUAAUAAACAUCCUUUUGGUUCAUUUGUACCACAAAGACAUCGACAAUAUGCUCAAUGGUUUACAAAUGGUCAAUCCUAUAUGGAAGCAAUAGCUAAAGCUAUAUUAGCAGCACAAGAAGAAAUAUUUAUUGCUAGUUGGUGGCUUUCACCUGAAGUAACUCUUAUUCGUCCUUAUGAUGAUGAUUCAAUGCGACUUGAUAAUUUACUUGAUAAACGAGCUGAAGAAGGUAUUCGUGUUUAUGUAAUGAUAUUUAAAGAUUUUACUCCAUUAGUUGGUUUAAAUAGUGCGCAUACAAAAUUACAAUUAAUGAGUAAAAGUGUAACUAAAAAAAAUAUAAAAGUAAUUCGACAUCGUGGUCAUAGUGUUGGUUCUGGAAAUAUUUCUGCAAUAUAUUCUUCUCAUCAUGAAAAAACUAUUAUUAUUGAUCAACGAAUUGCUUUUAUUGGAGGAAUCGAUCUUGCUUGGGGAAGAUGGGAUACAGAUGAACAUAGAAUAAUAGAUUGGGGUGAUGAAAAUAUAACGGAAUUAAAGCUUCCAAGUGAAAUAAUUGAUCAAUCUAAAGAAGAAGCUGCAACUAAUACUAUAGAAAAAAUGGCAAAUAAUUCUAUCCUUGGAAAAAUUGUUACGUCAACAAUAAUUUCAAGACCAUUGAUGAAUGAAAUAAAUUCUGAUCAAGAAGAAGAAGAUCUAGUAUUAAAAACAAAUCAAAAUAAAAAUCUUAAUGAUGAUCAAACAAAAACAUUUGGAUCAAUGAAUUCCAUAAAUAAAUUAAAUCUUACCGAAAGAAAACUUUUAAAUGAAGAAGAUAAUAUUCAAAAACAAUCUUAUAAAUAUAAAAAGAACUGGAAAAAAAUACUGAAGAAACAUAAAAAAAAUAAAAGUGAAGAUUCAUCAUCAGAUGAUGAUGAAGAAAUUCCACAAGAAGAAUCAAUUAAAAAUAAAUUUAAAUCAAUUAUUAAUAUACCACCAGUUUUAAAUAAAAAACGUCGAUAUUUUUUAGGCAAAGAUUAUUCAAAUCCUUAUACAAAAGAUUUUGAAUUUCUACAUAAAUUCGAUGAAGAUUAUAUCGAUCGAAAAAAUCAUCCACGAGUGCCAUGGUAUGAUGAAGGUUUAGUUGUUAGUGGAGAAGCAGCAAGAGAUUGUGCAAGGCAUUUUAUUCAACGAUGGAAUAUUCAUAAGGCAAGUAAAUAUCCUAACAAUGAUUUAUAUCCAUAUAUUCUUCCAAAAACUUAUGAUGAUAAAGAAUUAAUUGAUUCAUCAAUGCUUUAUAAAAUUCUUGGAGAAGAACGAAAACCUAUUUGUGUUGAUGCUCAAUGUGUUCGUUCUGUUUCAUAUUGGUCAUGUGGAGUACGUGAUAUUGAAUGUUCAAUACAAAAUGCUUAUAUUGAUAUGAUUUAUAAUGCUCAACAUUUUAUUUAUAUUGAAAAUCAAUUUUUUGUCACAACUGUUCAAGAUCAAAAAAUAAAAAAUAGAAUUGGUGAUGCACUUUAUAAUCGUAUAAUACGUGCUCAUAUGAAUAAAGAAAAAUUUCGUGUUUAUGUUGUAUUACCAUUAUUACCUGGAUUUUCGAAUGUUAAUGUUGUUCAAGCUAUUCUUGAACUUAUUAUGAAAUCAAUUAAUAAAGGAGAAACAUCAAUUUAUCAAAGAUUAAAAAAUCAUGGUAUAUCUAAUCCUGAAGAAUAUAUAACAUUUUAUGGAAUGCGUAACUGGGAUAUAUUAAUGGGUACAUUAGUAACAGAAAUAGUUUAUGUUCAUUCAAAAUUAAUGAUUGUUGAUGAUCAAAUGUGUAUAUGUGGAUCAGCAAAUAUAAAUGAUCGUUCUCUUGUCGGUGAUCGAGAUUCUGAAUUUUGUUUAGUUGUUAAUGAUAUUGAAAUGAUUGAUUCACAACUAAAUGGUCAAACACAAAAAGUUGGAAUUUUUUGUUCAACAUGGCGAAAGAAAUUAUUUAGACAAAUGUUGGGUAUUCAAAAUGAACAGGACAUGAGUGUUGAAGAUCCAUGUUCUGAUGAAUUUUACGAAUAUUUUCGUCGAAUAGCAAAAAAUAAUGCACAAAUUUAUGAAGAAGUUUUUAAUACAUUACCUAACAAUCAUGUAAGAACUUGGGCUGAUGUUAACACAUACACACAACGAUCUAAAUUGAGAGAUACUGAUCCAUUAAUUUCACAUGAAAAAUGCAAAAAAAUUCAAGGAUUUAUUGUUGAAUUUCCAUUAGAAUUCGUAGCUGACGAUAUUCUUUUCCCCAAAUGGACUACAACAGAAGGUAUACUUCCUAUUUCUGUAUGGGUAUAA